AUGAACCCGAGCUCUGGCAAUUUAGGUUUGAAUACCGUUGUUUCAACACUUGUUCAAAAUCCUUCCAUAACACGAUCACCAUCAACAACUGCAACGAUUGUUUCAAAUAUACCAAAUACUUCAUCACCUGUAAAUCUAUUUUCAAAUUUAUCUAGUGGUAUAGUACCACCAAAUAAUACGAAUACAUCAACAUUUAGCCAAGGGCAAUCGACAUCAUCACGCCUUAAAGUGGAGGAUGCACUUAGUUAUCUCGAUAAAGUGAAGAACCAAUUUGCGCUUCAACCGCAAGUAUACAAUCAAUUUUUGGAUAUUAUGAAAGAGUUUAAAUCACAAAGUAUUGAUACUCAAGAAGUAAUCAAUCGUGUAUCAACACUCUUUCAUGGUCAUCCAGAUUUGAUUGUUGGUUUUAACACUUUUUUACCUCCAGGUUAUAAAAUAGAAGUUAGCCAUGAUCAUCCGUGUUAUAUUCAAGUAACACAUCCAUCAUCACGAACCGAAUCUAUUGCUAUUGGAAAUAAUAAUUCAACAUAUAAUUUAGCAAUAACAACACCAACAUCAACAACAUAUCAUUCAUCAACUAUACGGCAAACAUCAAAUUUAUUAAAUGAAGAUAAUGAAGAUGUACAAAUUAAAAAUGAAGUUCAACAACAAUUAACUAAUCCAACAUCACAAGCAGUUAAUGCAUUAAUAUCAGCAGCUAGUGCACCACAAAUUCCAUAUUUUGGUACAACAGGUGGCUUUAGUUUAUCAACAAAAACAAAUAAACAACAAAUAUCGAGUAAUAAUAAUAAUAAUAAUAAUAAUACGACAAAUUCUAAUGGACAACCAGUUGAAUUUAAUCAUGCAAUAAAUUAUGUCAAUAAAAUUAAAAAUCGAUUUCAUCAAAAUCCUAAUGUAUAUAAAACAUUUCUUGAAAUUCUUCAUACAUAUCAAAAACAACAAAAAGAUGCGAAAGAAUCACCAGCAACUUCAUUAACAACGUCGAAUAAUGGAGGAAAUAAUCAAACAACAUUUCUUUCUGAAACAGAAGUUUAUGCUAAAGUUGCACAAUUAUUUACUAAUCAUGAAGAUCUUCUCUCAGAAUUUAGUCAAUUUUUACCCGAUGCUACACAACAACCAACAGAACGUAUGAAUUGUAUUUCGGAUAUUUUAUCAUCAUCAGAUACUUCAACUACAUCAAUAAAUUCAAUUGUAUCAAAUACAACACCACGUUUAAUUAUAAAUAAUACAGUUUCAUCAUCAAUAACAACACCAUCAACAUCUUCAUCAUCAUUAACAACAACUUCACCAAUACCAUCACAGACUAUUAUAUCAUCAACAAUAAAUAAAGAUGAAAUAUGUUAUCCAUCUUCACCAAAACAUUCAACAAUAAUAACAUCAUCAAUUAAUACAAAUAAACGAUCUGUUUCAUCAUCGAAAUUAACAGGAAUAACAAAGAAAAAACGUAUUACAUUAACAAAUAAUACUCCAACAAUAUCAUCUAGUAUUAAUGAUACUAAUAUUCACAAUAAUACAACAGAACAUAAUAAAAGAUUACCUUCAAUAGAUGAAAUAGCAUUUUUUGAUAAAGUACAAAGAACUCUUCGUAGUCCAUUAGUAUUUGAUAAUUUUCUACGUUGUAUUCUUCUUUAUACAAAACGAAUUAUAUCUCGUAUUGAAUUAUUUGAACUUAUACAAUCAUAUCUUGGUCAUGUACCAGAAUUAUUAAAAACAUUUCAAGAAUUAAUUAAUUUACGUGAACCAGGUGAAGUUAUUAUUCCAAAAAGUAUUUAUGAUCAAAAUGAUACUGAUAGUAUGAUUAGUAUUGAUUAUGGAUCAUGUUCACAAUAUGGUACUAGUUAUCGAUCUGUUCCACGUUCAUAUAUUCCACCAACAUGUAGUGGUCGAACACAAUUAUGUAAAGAAGUUCUUAAUGAUCAUUGUGUAUUAUUUCCAACAUUUACUGAUGAAUCAUCAUCAGUAGCAGCAAAAAAAAGUGUUUUUGAAGAACAUAUGUAUAAAAUUGAAGAUGAACGUUUUGAACUUGAUAUUGUUAUGGAAGUUAAUUUAAGUGCCAUACGAGCAUUAGAAAGUGUACAAUUACAUAUGAAUUCAUUGACAUCAGAACAAUUAAAUAAUUUUCAAUUAGAUGAUCAAUUAGGUGGACAAUCAACAUUUACACAAAGACAAGCUGUACAAAGAAUUUAUGGUGAACGUGCAAAUGAAAUAAUUGAUGGUUUAAAAAGAAAUCCACGUGUUGCUGUUCCAAUUGUUUUAAAACGUUUAAAAUCUAAAGAUGAAGAAUGGCGUGAAUCAAAAAAGAAUUUUGAACGUUUUUGGAAAGAACAAAGUGAAAAAUACUAUCUUAAAUCAUUAGAUUAUAUGGGAAUUAAUUGUAAAAAUUCUGAUGGACGAAUUAUUCGAAAUCGUCAUUUAUUAAAUGAAAUUGAAAAUAUUAAAGAAGAACGUGAUCAACAAUUAUCACCAAAUAAUAAUCAACCACAUCUUAUAUUUUGUUAUGAAGAUUUAUCUAUACUUGAUGAUGCUGCAUCAUUAAUUAUAUUUCUUGUUAAACGUCAAAUGACAUUUACUAAAGAAGAUAAACAAAAUAUUAAAAAAAUUAUUCAUCAAUUUUUACCAGAUUUUCUUUUUGCACCACGUGGAGAAUUAAGUGAUGAUGAAGAAGACGAUGAUGAUGAUGAUGCUGAAAAUGAAAAUAAUACUAAACGUGAUAAAAAAUCUCGACCAAUUCGUUAUACCGAUACAAAUCGACGACGUAAUCUAGAUCUUUCAACAACUAAAUCACGACAAAUGUCACAAGAAUAUCAAAAACCUGAUGAUAUGUUUCAUUUAUUUUUUGUUAAUGAUAAUUAUUAUUAUUUUUUUCGUCUUCAUCAAUUAUUAUGUGAACGUUUAUUAAAAAUGUUUCAACAAUCAUUACGUUUAAUUGAACAAGAUAAUGGUUCACAACGUAAUCGAUCACCAUCGAUAGCUUCUGUAUUUCGUUUAUCAAAUCGUCCAAAUAUAUCAGUUGAAGAAUAUUAUUCAGUAUUUCUUGAUAUGAUACGUCAUUUACUUGAUGGUAAUAUGGAUAGUUCAUCGUAUGAAGAUUCACUACGUGAAAUGUUUGGUAUUCAUGCAUAUAUUGCAUUUACAAUGGAUAAAAUUAUUCAAAAUUGUGUUCGACAACUUCAUGCUAUUGUAACUGAUGAAUCAUCAGAUGCAAUCAUGCGUUUAUAUUCACGUACAAGUGGUACAGUAGGUCUUGUUGAUAAUCUUUAUUCAAUUGGACAACAAAAUGCUGAAGCUAUUUAUCAACGUGAAAUGGAACCAUAUGCUAAUGGAAAUCGUUUAUUUCGUAUUUGUUCAUUUAAAAAUGAUCGUCGAGUAACAACUUCAUUAAUUCUUAUCGAUUCAUCAGAUGAUGAAGAUGAAGAAAAAAUAUGUGAAAAUGGAACAAAUUAUGUUGAAUCAUAUUUACAUAAGAAUGAAGGUGAUCAUGAUGAAACAAGUACAGCACAUUUAAGAACAAAAUUACGAAAAAAACCUCGAUUUUUACUUCGAAAUCUUACAACAUUAAAUGAUCAAUCAACACCUGAAGUAAUAACAAUCAAUAAUGAUUAUUGUCUUAUUGAUGCAAAAACACUUAAACGUCGACCAUUUCAUCGUGCAGGUUUCUUUUUAUAUAAACCUUGUUCAUUUCGUUCAACAAGACAAAAUCAUAAACGAAUAACACUUGAACAAUAUAAUCGUUUUAGAAAAUUUUAUCAAGAUUGGUCAUUAAAACAUAUAUCCGAUAAUGAUAAUAAUGAUUCAAUAAAUGAUCUUUGGCUUAAAGCACAUCGAUUUAAUAAUAAUAAUGAUCAACAACCUUUAAUUGUUCAAUCAACUAUUUCAAAUGAUGAUAAUGAUCUUCUACAACCACCAUAUCAUCAUUAUCAACGAUAUCAUAUUGUUGAUACAGACAAAUAA